CCUUCCCAAAUCGGCGCAACUCCCACCCACGCCGCCAAUGCAUCUCCGGUGAUGGCGACGGCGACGGCUGGUCCCGCGCCCACGUUCUUACAUCCCAAGAUGCAGCGGCUCGUCUCCUCUCCUCUCCGGUCUCCGCGGAGGAGCCACCCUGGUCGGGCAGCAGAGAGGAUCGCCGCCGGCUGGAUCCUUUCUCUUCUCGACGGCCAAGCACCACCGGUUGGAGCCCGUCUCAUCCCCCCUCUGGUCGCCGUGCAGCACGUUCGGGUCCAACCUCCCUCCCCCUCGACGGCGCCCGAAACCCUAGCUACCCCCUCUCUUCCACCCAUGACCAUGGCGAGCCCGCACAAGGCACUUUCUUCCCAUCUCAUCUCCCCGCGUGAAGGAAGGGGCCAUGGGGAGAUAAGUUUCUGCAGGUACCUAUUCAAGAGGAGGGCCAUGGAGAAGCCCCGACGCCAUGGAAGAAAUCUCACUUCCUCGAUUCAGUCCAGGGAGACGACGCUGCUGCUGUUCGAGAAAGUUGGACCAUGCUACCUGCGAGACAGCAGCAGCCAAGACGCCAGUCCAGGAGGAAGGGACCACCCGUGUUCGGCCCGAGACUGACGUGGAGAACUGUUGAGCUAAGGUUCGAACCUUUACUUUCCAUGCCAGUUUUUCCCUCAUUACUUGGUUUCAGGACGGCCAGUGCUGUGUGAUGUUGUUGAUCUACUCCUAUCUUUUUUCAAAAAUUGUAUCCUUAAAAUAAAAGGCAGCCGAAUCACUGUUGCCCAGCCGUGGUGCGUGAUGUUGUUGAUUUUGCCGAUCCACUUCUUCGUGUGCAUAUGUCGAUGCAGACAGACGCGAUUCGCUACUGGAUAGUGCAGCCAGAGCGCGGGAAAGGAGAUCUCCCCUGGCCAUGUAUGAUGCUUCCCCCUAUUCCUGGUCUAAAUGUCAUGGAU